AUGAAAGGAACACAACAAGCAUCGACAUCACCACCACCAUCAUCACCAUCACAAAAACACCAUAAGAGAUCUCACAGUCCCAAUUCGCCAAACAAGCGUCCCCGAAUUGAGAACAGCGACUCCAAUGGACUUCCUGGGUCAUUGACCCCCAACAAGACCUCUCUGCUGACCACAGAGAAGUCCCCCGUGGACCCCAACAGCUCGGAGCAUAUCAUCGCCAUCAACAGGCUGCAGGAGCAGCUGGAUAACAUGAAGAAACAGCUCUCUAUGAAGGACCAACAACUUCUUGAGAAGGACAAAAAGAUAACAGAAAUCAAGGCAGCACAGUACGAGAGUGAGAAGAGUUUCCGAACAAAGCUGACAGAUUUGUCCAAGAAAAGCAGCGAGACCAUUGAGACACUCCAAAGUAAAAACCGUGACCUUGAGAAGAAGAAUCGUGACUUGACCAAGCAGGUACAGACACUGUCCAAGGGUAAAAAGGCAAGCAUCCUUGCCCAAAGCAACAACAGCAACACCAACAGCCCCAACAUCAGCUCAUAGAUGUGUACUUGUCUUCUAAUGCUGUGUAUAUGUGGGGCAAGGGCAUUACUGGGUCUCUGGCAAUUUGGCAAUUAUGUAUUUGAAUUCUUAAGCUAUUUCAAAGUCACAGGGUUUCCAGUAAUUUGUUAAAUUUGUGUUUGUAUCAGGACUGGGAGGACUCUGAGGUGUGUUGAUGUUACCCAUAUCCAAAAACUGCACAUUUCAGCGGCAUGUAAUCAAAUUUAAUGCGUAAAUAACCUUUUCUUCUAGCCUUGGUGUUAUAAGCAGCCUUAAGAACCAGUGAAAAGUUUUAAAUUGUGUGAGGAAAGAGGUUUAAAUAGCAAUACUCUUGUUUGGCUUAUUAGGAUAUGGCUAUUGUCAGGAAUGAGCAACUUGUACUUUAAUUAAAGUACUGACUUACUGGUUGCAUUUCUUCAGUACUUAUCUUGAAGCAUGAAUUAAAAUUAUAGUGCUCGCUUGAGUGCUGCAGAAGAAGUCAGUUAGGAGAAUGUCAUGGUAGUGUUUUAAAUUCUGUAAGCCUUCUUGCUCAAAUCAUCAGUCAUUUUAAUUUUCUAAAGAGAGACAUGCAUUUUGGAUGAAGGCCUUUAUUUUCCACUUGUUAAUUGAAAGCACAAUAAAUUGUAACGACAUUUCUUGAUGGAGAAGUAUAAAUCAGUUUACAAACUUCAUCAAUUGAUUUGUUCUUCAGACACCAAUUAAGUUGAUUUUGAUAAGUAACAAUAUUUUUGUUAAUUCUUCUUCAAAUCUGUUUACAAGAAAUUGGCAUGGCAUGGUAUCAAUAUGACUGACUUUCACCUUAGCAACAAAUCUAUAUGGUUCGAAGUACAUGUAUUCAAUUAAUUUUAAAAAUUCUCUCAUAAGUCAAGCUAGGCCUUAAGGAAUAUUUCAAAUAUUUUUAGGCACCUGUUGCAAUUCUUGGCAAAUAUAAUUAAGAUUUUCAUGACUUCAAAGUAUAUUGUGUGAUAAACCUAAUGACGGGUGUUUCAUGUGUUCAUUUUUGGUUGUACUCUUUAUAGUAAAAAUUUGUAGUCAACUUUGUUGCAUUUCAUUGCAUGAGAGUGAGUUCUCCUGUAAAAUAGUUGUCUGUUGUUAGUGUUGUUUAUUACACGGUUAGGCUGUUUUGUGAUUACUAUUAACCCAAUGUUAUGAUUGGUAGUUAUUUAACUUUUGCUUUUACCUGAUAGUGAUGAUUUUGUGGGAAUAUUGUAUUACUUAAUUUCUUUAAAACAAAUGUAUUCAAAAGUUACCUGUAAAGUUUGAAGUUAAGUAUAAUUUUCACAGUUAAAUUUGAAAGUUUAUCAACAACAAUUAUUUAUUGUGUUAUCAUAUUAUAAGACAAAGGUAUCAGUUUGCUCAAUGUAGUAAAAUUAUAUUUGUAAGCACUUCAUAGAUUGUAUAUUUAGUAUCUUCUGCUUUAAUAUAAAAAACACCUCUGCAUAACAUGUUUUUUAAUUUGUUUUUACCUUCCUUAUUUCGUAGUCAUUGGAAAUUUAUAUUUUGAUUGAUAAUUUAUUUUAAAAAUUGCAUUAUUGAUAGUUUUGAUACUCAUUCCUCUACCCUCCAAAACAAAAUAUACCAAAUACAUGUAAGAUGUCUCAUAGACAAAAUAAUUCUAACAUGUAAUGUAUAUCAACAUUGCAUUUCAAUAUUUAAAGCUUGAUAUUUGGCUUAUGUUUACCAUAAAUGGAUGUUCUUACCAUAAAAAAGUCAGUCCAUGAGCUGUUUGUAAUAUUAAUUAUUUGUAAUUCAUUUUUUCCCCAGCUAAAACAAUGUAUCUGUAAGUUUGUUCUGCUUUGUUAUAAAUAAUGGUUCACAGCCAUGAGGCAUCGCAUUCAGCAGAUUUGUAACUUAUAAGAGUAUUCAAACAAUUAGAGAUUUGAUUCAUUUUACUAUGACAACAAAAUGAAAAUCGUCAUACUUGUAUGGGACAAAAUGUCUGUGAAAUCAAACAAAUCAUGAUAUAUGUUAUUAAAAUGAUGUUUAAAGUGACGCAAUUUGCUUGCACUUAAACUUUAAUUUCUAUAUUUCUCUGUAGAAAAGAUAUUAUAAUGUAUAAUAUAUAUAUAUGCACAAAUGUGUAAACACAAUUAAUGUAAAAUAUGUUGUUUUUUUUCAGUGAAUAUGUAGUAAAAAAUCCAUAUUAAAUAUUUGUAUGGUGAUUUGAGUGAUUUUACUGAAAUUUAUAGUGUCUUAAGUGUGUUAACAUUUCUUCAGAACUAACUGCUAAAGCUUUAAAAUAUAGUUAUUUGGUGCAUUGUUCACUAAAUUAUAUUUUCAAAAUGAUCUUGUACAUAUUAUCUUAAAUAUGCAUAUUAUUUUAUAAAAAAAUGUUUUUAUUCUAUGUUUACAUGGAGGUUUUUUUCCUUUUUUAGAAUUUACUGAAAAUAAUGUAAAUGCAUCUGUCAAAAUUUUAAUUGUAAAUUAUUUGAUUCCCAUAUUCGUUUGUAUUUGAUAUUUAAUGACUUGAAUAAAUAAACCGUAUGUUGGAACUA